AUGAACUCCGGAAAAAGACAGCUACCAUCAUCGUUUUCUUCACUUCCAGAAGAAAUCACAGAAAACAUUCUUGCACGUGUCUCGAGAUGGAAUUAUCCAUCGCUUUCUCUCGUCUCAAAGAGAUUCCGGUCUCUCGUUUCUUCUAUGCAAAUCUAUAAGACACGAUCUCAAAUCGGAUCCCAAGAAACAUGCUUUUAUGUCUGCUUAAAGGUUCGGAAUCAACCAUAUCCGUGUUGGUUUAGUCUUUGGGCGAAACCUAAUCAAACCCUAACCAAACAAGAAGGGACGACGACUGGGUUUAACAAGGAUUCAAGUGGAACUUCGGUUGUUCCGACACCUUUUCCAUCUUCCCAUUCUCCUCAUGUAACAAAUCAGUCCGCCAUAGACAUUGAUUCGGAAAUCUUCGUAAUCGGUGGACCCUACAAGGAACCCUCUUGCUCUGUUCGGAUCCUUGACUGUCGGAGUCAUACUUGGCGUGACGCUCCUAGCAUGACCGUGGCUCGGGAAGCUGCGUGUGCGUUCUUCUGCGAUGAUAAAAUAUAUGUGAUGGGAGGCUGCGAUAUUGACGAGGACUUUGCCAAUUGGAUGGAGAUGUUUGACAUGAAGACUCAGUCUUGGACAGCCCUUCCUGGUCCUGGCGCUGAUGAAGACGAGUUACGCAGUCUUUUACGUGAAUGUUAUUACUACGAUAUAGCUGUUGUGCGUGAUGGAAAGCUUUAUCUAGCGAUAGAUGACAAGAAGUACGCUUACGACCCCAAGGAUGGUACGUGGAAACUUGUAAGACAACAAUCGAGUUUCCCAUUCCUCUCCUUAGUGGUUUGGUGUGACAUAGAUAAUAUCAUAUACGGUUGCACUUGGUCUAAAGUUUUAAUGUGGUUUGACUCCAAGACUGAGGGUAGAGAAUGGAGAGAGAUUAAAGGUUUGGGAAAACUGUUUGAGGACCGUACAAGUGGUUUCGGAACUCGGAGAGAGUUUGGCAUGGCUAACUAUGGCGGGAAACUUUUAGUUAUGUGUAACAAGCAGAAAAACAAGAUUUGGUAUGCCAAGAUUUCAUUAGAAUUAAGAUUCAACAAUGGACGUGAGAUUUGGGGUUAG